CAAUCAUAUACAAUAUACUCUGCAUCAACUAUGAACUUCGUAGUGCUCCUAGGACUGAUUGCUGUAAGUGCCGUUAAUGCUACUCCCCUAGUGCCAGGGGAUAAUAGCCAUUAUGUAGAGGGAGAAAGCCGGUACAUUUGGAUGCCUGAUGGUGAUGGUGUUCCCCACCUUGUAGAUCUCGAAGAGAAGGUGGAUACAGAAUCGCUCAAGGGCAGAAACGGUGCCAACAAUCAAUACUGGCUGUUCACUAGGAAUAAUCCAAAUAACCAUCAACUGAUUGUCAAUGGUAAUGCAAACACAAUCUGGAACUCCAACUAUCGUGCAAACAGACAAACGAAAGUAGUUGUUCACGGAUGGAACAGUAACGGCAACUCUGCAAUAAACCCAAUGAUUACAUCAGCAUUCUUGGCUGUAUCUGACGUGAACGUGAUAGUUGUUGACUGGAGGGGUGCGGCUAACGGCGCCUACACCACAUCUGUGUGGGCUGUGCCUGGUGUUGGACAAUUCUUGGGCAACUUCUUAACUUGGCUGGUGAAUACUACAGGCGGUAACUGGAACAACUUCCACUUGAUCGGCUUCAGUUUGGGAGCUCACGUUGUCGGAAAUGCCGGCCGUACCCUUGGUGCACGAACUCCGCGUGUUACAGGUCUUGACCCAGCUGGGCCACAGUGGGGUGGUAACAGGAACGCGUUAAACAGAGGUGACGGUGCCUAUGUUGAAUGUAUUCAUACUGAUGGAGGUCUUUUGGGUAUCAUGGACCCUAUUGGUGAUGCUGACUUCUAUCCCAAUGGCGGACGGUCCAACCAACCUGGAUGUGGAGGAAGCACCUGCUCCCACAGCCGCGCCUAUGAAUUGUUUGCAUCAAGUGUAAGAUCCAACAGAUUCGCUGGCAGACGUUGUAACAAUCUCCAAGAAGCUCGCGAUGUUCGUUGCUCUGGAACCACUCUUAUGAUGGGCAACAAUCAGCUUGGCAAACGAGGAACUGGACUGUAUGGACUUGUAACAGGAGCCAGUUGGCCUUUCUAAAUAAUAACACUUACUCAACUCGUAGAAGAAAAAAUCCAAUUGUCCAUCUAACUUAUUACCACUUCCACUUGCUUAAUAUUUUAACGACGCGACGUGUGCAAUAAAUAUAUAUAAAAUCUUA